AUGUUUCCAGCGUUACGGUUGCCAAGUGCGAGAAGCGACUCUGCCGAGAGAGUCGCGUCACGACUUGUUCUCGAUCCAGACUUUUCAGAGGAUUCGUCCUGUUUCCAGAGUCUUUGGAGACGGUCGUCUUCGGGAGAUUCGGUGGACAUCAUCGAGUUCGUGGCCCGAACCAGAAGCUUCGACUCGAGCGCCAGAGACCAGAUGCGUCAGCAGACCUCCCUUCACGCCGCCAGUGCGAACGGGAACGUGGAGGCGGUCGCGAUCUUGUGCGAGGAGAUGGAGAACCUAGAUCCGGAAGACGGAAAGGGUAACACCCCUCUCAUAUGGGCCUCUCGGGCCGGGCAUUCCAAAGUCGUCAGGCUCCUCGCCUCUCGCGGUGCCGACGUCAACCAUCAGAAUAAGGUACCGCCGGCUCCAUUCACGGAUAAAAUGCACGGGGCUUCACCCCUCCACGCUGCCUGCCGGUACGGACUUGUCCACGUCGUGGGGUGCCUUUGCGAUCUCAGGGCCGACGUAGACGUUCAAGAUGAGGACGGGGACACGCCGCUUCAUUCGGCCGCGGUUCGGGGCGACAUGUCGGUGGUGGGGAUCCUGGUGAAGAACAAGGCGUUAUUGGACAUUCCCGACAAGCAGGGCUACACCCCGCUUCAUCUGGCACUGAGGAGACAAUAUUCCAAAGUGGCCUUGCUCCUUCUGGAGGCUGGAGCCAACCCGGAAAUCCCCGACGCCAUGGGAGAGACGGCGAUGCACAUUGCCAGCAGGGAGGGAUUGGAGACCAUUGCACAAACUCUCUGUGCCUUUAAUUGUCCCGUGGACCAGCCCAAUAAGAAUGGCAACUAUCCUCUUCACUUAGCUGCUAAAUUCGGUCACAUAGAGAUCAUCAGGAGACUGUGCCUUCAUGGUUGCGACGUGCAGCAGAAGAAUCGAACCGGGAUCACGGCAGAAGUCACUGCUUACGCUCACGGCCACAAGAAAAUCGGGGAAUUGCUCGGGAGGCUCUCCAACGAGAGUAUCCGCUUGGACUACAUAGCUCAACUGGUGUCGGAGUCGAAGUCGAUUCCCCGCGUGAAACUGAAGCUGUUCGGUCAUUCGGGGGUCGGGAAAACGACUCUCAUAAACACCCUCAAGACCGGAUAUUUCUCCGGAUUCUUUCGCAGGAGUCGCAGCGGGAGCGGGGGACAAUCCCUCAACUUCUUCAGACCAGGAAUCGGAGAGAAAGAGGGGAGCAUGGAGAUGCAUGCGAGGGCGCUGAAGAAGCAGGAAUCCCUCACCUUCGACUAUUACCACGAAGCCUACACCAGGGGAAUCGACGUCCAUCAGGUGGGCUUAUCCGUUCUCGCCGGUCGACCCGUAUCGCUGUCGGGUGCAGCCGGGGAUUGGAGUCUCUGGGAGUUUUCUGGCGUGGAAACGUAUUAUCUCGUCUACGACCAUUUCAUCGGAAACACCUGCUGCAUCAAUGCCAUUAUCUUUCGCCUUACAGACCCUCUUCGCGUUCAACUCCAACAAGUUCAAUUCUGGCUCCGAUUCCUCAAAAGUCGGCUUCCCCCCGCCGAACCCCUCGGUCACUGCGGAAAGUCAUAUCGACCGGCGAAGAUCAUCCUCAUAGGGACUCACGUAGACACGGCACACUGUCAGAAAAACCAGCAGGGAGAGUAUUUAGAUCCCUCGGUCGACGAGUUGAUGAGUCAGGUUCUUCGAGGUUUCGGCCGGGUCUUCGACAUCCAUCCCAAGGCCAUCCUCCUCGAUGCCAACGCUUCGCACGCGCAUGCCAUCAAGGACCUCAAGCUCUACAUGACCGGAAACAAGGCCAAAGUCCUCCAGGGCCUUCCGAGGAGUUCCAUGUUCCUGGAAGCCUGCACCGAGGCGCUAGGAGAACUAAGGAAACGUUCACCCCAUUUCCCUGUCCUCAAAUGGAGGGAAUUUCUCGACGCCAUUAAUGAAGAUGUGAAUCCCCUUGCCGGCAUCGAACACAUCAUGCAGGCCACUCAACAACUCCAGCUCAUGGGAGAGGUGGUGUACCUGGUGGGACCGACGGAGGACCUCGUCGUGCUUUCCCCGAGGUGGCUCGGAGAUUCCAUCAUCGGUCGACUCCUAUCUCUGAGAUUUCAUGGCAAGGCCCACGUAACCGGUUCCUAUUCCCUGGAUGACUUCCAGAUGACCUUUUCCCAUGCAGAAGCUUUCGACAUGCUCCAACUCCUUCAGGCCAUUGGGCUCUGCAUCCAAGUUGAGAGCGGCGAUGAGGACGAAUACGAAUUUCCUUGUUUCAACCUGAUGGAGGCACCUGAAGAUGUUGGAAAGAACCCCACAGGAUACAAGGCCUGUGGUUUUAGGUUCCUGGCUUCGCUCGAUGCCGGUCCUUUCCUUGUCCACAUCUUCCCUAGGCUCCAGAUCGGGAUGAGGAGGGUGUGCCAACAAUACGCAACCACGGACGAAUCGGACUUGGCACACUGGUGCCAUGGAUCCAAGAUUUACCUCGGAGAUUCCGCCUGUGCGUUGACCUUGGUGAAGGGCGAGAACUUCGACUGCAUCGAGGUCGUCGGGCGAGGGCCAUCCGGAGACGCAGAGAAAAACCUUGAACUCCUCCAAACCGUCGUUCAGAUGGCUCUCGAGGUGAUUGGGGAUACCUGCCCUGGCGUCUCCUUACAAUGGCACGUCCUAUCGACUGCCGAUCUAAGGGACGAGCUUUGGAUUCCUCGCGCGUACACGAGUGAAGAAAUCGGUCAGGGGCUUUUGAAUAAGGGACCAAAGGCCACCUACAUUCAUCCAGAACAUAAAUUCCCCGAGGACGUGGCCGAUCUCUUCUUUUUCGGAGAUCUUCAAAUGGUGGAGAAGGUGAUAUGGUUACCCGAUCAAGAAGCGUCUACGAUGCACAUCACGACGAAGCAGGCCUUGUGCAACCUCUUGGACACUCCAGACCCUCAAGGGAAAGACUGGUGUCUUCUGGCUGUCAAAUUGGGCCUGAGAGAGUCGAUGAGCAAACUCGAUUGCGGAUCAGAUAACCCGGCUGCUUCUCGCUCUUCCCGAAUCCUGGAAGAAUGGAUCAGGCUCAAUCCCAACGAGGCCAAAAUCGGUGCUUUGAUUCGUCAUCUAGGAGACAUGGGACGAGAAGACGCGGUCAAGAGUCUUCUUUCCACGACUCCUCCUUACAUUACUUCCUCAUGAGAUUCUUUCUUUCGCCUCCUGUCGACAUUCUCAGUCUCAUGAAUUGUUUUUCGUUACCCACUCC